AUGUCGGACGAACAAGAACUUUUGGAUUACGAGGACACCGACGAUACAGCACAACAAACAGGAAACAAAACUGGAACAGCCAACGGUGGAGCGAAUGCCGGUUCAACUGGCACUCAAGGUGGAUCUAUGCGAGGUUCCUACGUUUCCAUACAUGCCAGUGGGUUUAAGGAUUUUCUUCUUAAACCUGAAUUACUACGCGCAAUUAUGGACUGUGGUUUUGAACAUCCAUCUGAAGUUCAACACGAAGCUAUUCCACAGGCUAUUCUUGGUACAGAUAUUGUAUGUCAAGCCAAGUCGGGUAUGGGAAAGACAGCAGUGUUUGUUCUCGCAACACUUCAACAACUCGAACCUGUUGAUGGACAAGUAUCUGUUAUUGUUCUUUGCCAUACACGUGAAUUAGCUUUUCAAAUUAGUCGAGAAUAUGAUCGUUUUUGCAAGUAUAUGUCUGGAGUGAAGGUCUCUGUGUUUUUCGGUGGUUUACCGGUUAAACAAGAUGAGGAUUCAUUGAAAAAAAAUUGCCCACAUAUUGUUGUUGGUACACCUGGUCGCAUUCUAGCUUUAUCUGAGAGUAAAGCACUGAACCUACGUCAUGUAAAACAUUUUAUCAUCGAUGAAUGCGACAAAGUACUCGAAUCGUUGAACAUGCGUCGUGAUGUUCAAGAGAUCUUCAAGGCAACACCUCACGAAAAGCAAGUGUUAAUGUUUAGUGCAACAUUAAGUAAAGAAAUUCGUCCAGUUUGCAAGAAGUUUAUGCAAGAUCCAAUGGAAAUUUAUAUCGAUGAUGAAACAAAAUUAACAUUACACGGUCUUCGUCAACAUUACAUAAAACUACGCGAAAAUGAGAAGAAUCGUACAUUACUCGAUUUACUCGAUAAAUUAGAAUUCAAUCAAGUUGUCAUCUUCGUGAAGUCCGUCUCACGUUGUUCAGCUUUAUGUAAAAUAUUAAUCGAGCAAAACUUUCCAGCUGUCGAAAUUCAUCGUGGAAUGGAACAAAAGGAUUGUUUGAAACGUUAUCAAGAUUUCAAAGAUUUCAAGACUCGUAUUCUCGUCACAACCAAUCUGUUCGGCCGAGGAAUGGAUAUCGAACGUGUUAACAUUGUAUUUAACUACGACAUGCCAGAAGAUACUGACACUUAUCUUCAUCGUGUCGCUCGUGCUGGACGAUUCGGUACGAAAGGUUUGGCUAUUACAUAUGUUGCAGAUGAAAACGAUGCAGCAGUACUCAACGAAGUACAAAAACGCUUCGAAGUUCAAAUUACUGAAAUGCCCGAUGAAAUCGACGUUACGACAUAUCUCGAAAAUCGUUCGUAA